AAAGCUAAACCAAAACCAAAGUACUCGCGAAUAUUUGGGAACUGCCACUUUCCUUUCUCAGGCGUCAAGAAAAUGCAUCGCCCGCAGGGUGACCUGCUGGGCGAUGCAAGUUCCCAUUCCCGGCUGCUAAUGGUGCCUUUGCCUGCCCUCUUUUCUUCUCUCAGUCCUCCAUUAUUCAGCCCAUCCCUCUCAUUUCUGAUUCCCAUAUUCCUAUUCCCAUUCCAGUUUCCAUUAUUCGCCUUCGCCCUUUUAUUCCAUUCCUCUCUUCUCCUUCAAGCCUCAAUCCGUCCCUCAUAAAUACUAGUCACCCAACUCACAAAACCCAGCUAGAUUUUCACGUCAGAUACCAUUUCUUGAAGUCCCAUUUGAUAUUCAAGAAAAUAAACAAAGAAAAGAUAAAGAAAGAUACAGUUUUUAAUUAUUUUUUUUUAUUUCCCAUCCCUUGUGGAUUCUAGUCACCCAACAUAAACCCGGCUAGAUUUUAACCCCAGAUAACAUUUCCUGAACUCCCAUUUGAUAUUCAAGAUAAUAAAGAAAGAAAAGGUAUAGAAAAAUACAGUUUUUUUUUUUUUAGCUUUUUCUUCUUGGGGAAUGACUAAUUUGGAAGUUUGGCUCAAGAAUUUAGUAGCGAACUCAUUAGAAUCAAAACAAGUACAGUAUUUAGCUGAAGCCCACGAUUUUUCGCUGCAUUUGAAUGGUUUUAUCGGUGGAGGAUUAUUUUUGGAACCUUCGAUUCCGUCAUCAUUUGUUUCAUUAGUGAAUCCGAACAAUUCAUCGAAUUCUCUUAGUCUGGUCGGAGUUUCAUGUAGUGGUGAUAGGAGGAGUAGGAGGAGGAGUCGCCGGAGAGGGAUCGUUGCUUGUGGCGGCAGCGGAAGCGGGAGGUUUUUGUCAGUGACGCUUUCGACUGUAAAGGGAGGUGAAGGUGGAGAAGGGAUUGGUGAGGUGUUGUUGCAAGAUGCAGGCAAGAGUGUGGAGUGUGAAACGCCGGCGUUUGAAGAAGGUGAGAAGAAAAAAGAAGGCGAAUCUAAGGUGAGAGAAGUAAAAGGAAAGGCUUUGAAUACUGUUAAGCAUCUUUGGGCUGGUGCUGUGGCUGCUAUGGUUUCUAGAACUUUUGUGGCACCACUUGAGAGACUAAAGCUGGAAUACAUAGUUCGUGGUGAACAGAAAAAUCUAUUUGAGCUGAUCAAAACUAUUGCUGCCACUCAAGGGCUGAAAGGAUUCUGGAAAGGAAAUUUUGUUAACAUCUUGCGGACAGCUCCCUUUAAGGCUGUCAACUUUUAUGCUUAUGAUACUUACAGAAAUCAGUUGCUUAGAAUGUCUGGUAAUGAGGAGACAACACAUUUUGAAAGGUUUGUUGCUGGUGCUGCUGCUGGAAUCACUGCUACUGUGCUCUGCAUACCUAUGGACACUAUCAGGACUGUAAUGGUAGCUCCUGGAGGGGAAGCCUUGGGCGGUGUAAUUGGUGCUUUUCGUCACAUGAUCCAGACUGAGGGGUUUUUUUCUCUUUACAAGGGAUUACUUCCGUCCAUCGUAAGCAUGGCUCCUUCAGGCGCUGUUUUCUAUGGAGUUUAUGACAUAUUAAAAUCUGCUUAUCUGCAUUCACCAGAAGGUCGGAAACGGCUUCAACAUAUGAAACAACAAGGUGAAGAAUUGAAUGCUUUAGAACAACUGGAGUUGGGUCCUGUGAGGACACUAAUAUAUGGGGCAAUUGCUGGUGCUUGUUCUGAAGCUGCUACAUACCUUGAAGUAGUUAGAAGACAGCUUCAGAUGCAAGUUCGAGCUACAAAAAUGAGUGCUUUGGGAACUUGCAUGAAGAUAGUAGAGCAAGGUGGUAUUCCUGCACUUUAUGCGGGGCUGAUUCCUAGCUUGCUACAGGUUCUGCCAUCAGCAGCGAUAAGCUAUUUUGUUUAUGAGUUCAUGAAGAUAGUUCUCGAGGUGGAGUAAACGUAAAAGUUAAUCCUCCUAAUAAUAAUCUUGCCGAAGUUGAUGCUGAUUGCUGGCUAGAGCCCAUAUCUUUCAUAAAGGCCCUGGAUCAUGAUACUUCUUGUGCUCUUAUUAGUUAGGUGGAGGAAAGACUUCCAAAUUUAUACACUUCUAUCAAACACACAGCUACAGGGGCGUUUUCAUUUGUCUGCCUUUGUAUCUUUCAUUUUACAUUUGUCAAGGUGGGAAAAAAGAGGGAUGCUAUCUUCCUCAUUUGUGUUAGUGGACAUUGUGCAUUUUUGGCUGAAGAUUUGGAUUUCACUAGACUGAAUGAUGCAUCCUGGAGCUAAAAUGACCUGUAUUACCUGUCUUUCACUUCCUGGUAAAUUCAGGAGUUAUACCAUGCCUUAAUGUCUAUUUUCGUUAAGAAUCUUCUCCA